CCGACUCUUACUUGCCGCCGCUAUCUCCAUUACAGUUCGCAGACGUCACCUACACCAGCUGCAGAUCCCCCGUGAACGGUGGACCCCGGUAUUUCAUAUCGAGCCCGAAUGUGCGAAUACGAAGUAGUUGGUGAUCGUUACACCGGAUGCGGCCAUUUCGUCGCGUUGUAUGAGACGGGCGAAGUCACAGAUUGCAUGUCAGAGGAUUGCAAGACGAGUUCGGCCCAUAAACACAAGACGGCAAAGAAUUGCGGCUGCCCUGCGGUGAAAUGGCAAAGGCGAAAGAUACAGAACAUGUUCCGCACGAAAUGCCCGGAUCACUAGAGCAAUUUCCCUUGUUAUCCGGGUGCGCGGGCCGACGCUUUCUGGCCUGCGGGGGUCAGAUUGUCGGGUUGUUUCAGCCGGUUAGAGCCGCAACGCUAUCGUCUCUAUACUUGCCACGAUAGAGGUCGAGUGUAUACGAUGUAGCGACGUCGACGUC